CUCAUUAGAUCACUCCCCCCCCCCAGAAGAAAAAUAAUUCUGUUUGGUUGUUGCGCUGCAGACACAGAAAGCUUGAAGAGAUGGCCUUGUCAAUUUCAGAGGACCAGUUCCUGUGCUGCAUCUGUCUUGGUGUUUUCAUCGACCCAGCCACAAUCCCGUGUGGACACACCUUUUGCAAGCCUUGUCUCGAGGCCUAUUGGCACACGAGAGACACUGCGAUCUGUGCUCUGUGCAAGACUAGCUUCACACCAGCCCCCAACAUCCAGGUCAACAUGGUCAUGAGAGACCUUGUGGAAAGCUUCAAGGGGGCAAGUGGAGGGGACGAGGUCGUCGCCCAGUCGUUGGCUCCGGGAGAGGUCUCCUGUGACAUAUGCAUCGGAGACAGGAUGUCCAAGGCUGUCAAGACCUGCCUGGUGUGUGUGUCGUCGUACUGCCUGGAGCAUGCAAGGGUCCACAAUGCCCGGUUUUCCAGGCACCAGCUCGUCAGACCGCUAGCUAACCUGGAGGAAAGGAUGUGUCCGACCCACAACAGGCUCCUGGAGCUUUACUGCUGCUUUGACAAGACCAUGUUGUGUGUGGCGUGUGACUCUCACCAGGCGCCGGCCCACCUGGUUGUGACUAUGCGGGUAGAGUUCUUGCUUCAAAAGGCUCAGCUGGCUAAAGCCAAGACUGUGGUCAAGGAGAAGCUGAAGGCCACUCGGAUUGAGGCAGAGAAAUUAAACUCUUCAGUCCUACUCUGUGAGAAUAAAGCAGCAAGGCAAAUCAAGUUUGUGAAUGCCUUCCACCUAGCCCUGGUCAGCAAGGUGAGUAUGCUCUACGAUCGCUACAACACUGAGGCCUCGAGGAGAGUGGACGAGCUGGAGAGGACCGCUUCCCAUUGGAAUUGUGCGCUUGAAGAAGACAUUACAGCUCUGAUGAGCAGAGUUUUUGCAUUGGAGCGAGUGAUUGGCUCCUCAGACUCCUUUGAGCUUCUUAAUAAUCUUGCCUCUCUCCCUCCUGCUCCUCCAGAUGGCAUCAGAGGACCAUGCAGCGUCAACAUCCCCACAGAUCUACUUGGGAACCUUGCGGAGCAUUUCAUGCAAAACAUGGCCAAACUACCCAAGAUGGGAUGCUUCACUACAAAUGGCAGUGCUGGCUCAGAGAUUACCUUGGUUAAAGAGUUCACAGUUGAGGUGACUCCUGACCCCAGCACAGCCCACCCAUCGCUCCUGUUCAGAAGGGGGUCCCAUGGUUGUGAGAUUCGGGUGGACCGGAGCAAGAUUGCUAGGACGUUCCCCAUGUCGACCCAGCGCUUCACCCAGGUGCCGUGUGUCCUCGCCACCCAGUGGUUCAGCAGCCAUCGAGCCUACUGGGAGGUUGAGGUGGAGGACUGGGUUGGAAAUGGAUCUGAUGUGUGGUUUAUAGGUGUGGCAACUGAGUCCUCCAUGACUUCUCAAGGGGUGAGUGUCACCCCUGGGAAUGGGUUCUGGGUCCUGGUACACCGUGAGGGGAGGCUUUGGCCAACCGCUACCACCAACCCUGCCAACAACCCUAUGGCCAUCGUAACACAAAUGAGAAAGGCACAUGUGGGUGUGUACUUUGACGGGCGGAAGCGACUUGUGUCAUUCUACGACAUUCAUCUCGGUGAUCACCUCUACACGUACCAACACGUGCCAACCAAUGAAAGACUCUUCCCUGUCUUCAGCCCUGACUACUUCUGUCCUUCAUUCAAACACUCCAAUCAUGCCAUGAUUGUUAGAACCCACACUGCAACAAACCCCCUAUGUGGACGAUGAUGCUCAUUGACAGUCCAAUCCUUUUGGGGCAGAGUUCUUGUCAGAAUCAUUAGAAAAUGGUGAAUUGAAAAAAUGUUUUAGAGGUAGACUUAUUGUUCUCUGAAUUUCUUUUGUGUGAAGUUUUACAAAAUAAAAUAUAUAUUUUUAUUUA